UCAAACUCUGAAGUCCAGCAAUUCAUUUCUGAUUAUUUGGACCAAAGGACACACAGUGACAUGCACACACCUCUGUGCACAGACACACUGAUCGUCAGAACUUUGCUCUUUAAGUUGUGUCUGUUCUUGCUUUUCUUGGUCGUGUCUUGAGAGGGGAUUCACAAAAGCCACAUACGCAGGGUGUCCGUUUGACCCAGAAAGGCAGCAGACAAAAGUUUCUGGGAGGUGACAGAAAGAGACAGGUUGGACAGGCAGGCUAACAAAAUGCAGGGAGCAGUCAGGCCUGUGUCUGUACUGGUCAUGGGGUGGGCCCUCGUGACCUUCCAGGUAUCUCCUGUGGAGCCACAAAAUCUUACCCUGGCCCAGGAGAACUUUGAUUUGGAGCAGUUUAUGGGAAAGUGGUAUGAGGUGGCAGUGGUGUCUACCUGCCCUCAUUAUAUGCAGCGUAAGAGGGGAAACCCUGUCAUUGUUGCGCUUGAGCUGAAACAUGUUGCAUCUGAGGAGAACUUCACCAUGACAGCCACCACUUUCAGGAACAGCUUGUGUACGGAGACUUCAACAGAUUACAGUUUGACGGACACUCCAGGGCGAUUCUUCUACCACACUGCAAGGCUCGGGGCCGAUGUUGAUGCCUUUGUGGUUCAUACCAACUAUGAUGAAUAUGCUGUGAUGCUUCUGCUGAGCACAGAGAAACCAUCAGGAAAUAAAACCACCAUAGCCAAACUUUACAGUCGGACUGUGGAAGCAGGGCCCGCUGUGCUGGAUCACUUUAAAACACUGGUCAGAGAGCAUGGAAUGAGAGACGAUGCUGUCAUCAUGAAUCAGGACAAAGGUGAGUGUGUUCCAGGUGAAAAGAUGACAGAGACACCUACUCAGGUUUUUGUUCCAAAAAGGGUUAAAUAGAAACAUGGUUCCACGUGGGACACAUCCCCAAGAAGAGUUCACUGUUACCAUCUGACCCUAUCCUUACCAUCCUCCUGUCAGAUAAAUCCUCUGCAUGUCCUCCUUCACUACAUCCAUGAAUCUCCUCUUUCCCUCCUGCCUGGCAGCUACAUGUUCAACAUCCUUUGCCAAGUACAUCCACUAUACUUUCUUUGCUUAUAUCUAAAUCGUCUCAGCCUUACUGCUCUAACUUUAUUUCUGAACUGCUCUACUUGAGCUGUCCCUCUGUGGUAGACGUUUCUAAUCCUGUCUAUUUUGGUCAAUCCCAAUAAAAACCUGAGCAUCUUCAGCUCUACCACCUUGAGCUUGAGCUCAACCUCGAGGUCUGCCACCUCGAGGUCUUUUUGUCAGUGCCACUGUCUCCAAACCAAACAUCAUACCGGGUCUCAUUACCAGCGUUUAAACCUUCCUUUUACUCUUGCUGCUAUCCAUCUGUCACAAAUCACCCACUCGACUUUGCCUCCACUCUGUUCUUCCCCUCUCUUGUUAACUGUUGAUAUAAAUAAAAAUAUGUAAAUGUAAAUGCAAUAAGGAUGUUGUGUUUCUGUCCAAUUUGAGCAUUUUAAUAAAUAUGUAUUUACUACAGGAUCAAGUGUAAAACCUGAAGGAUAUGAUCAUCACAAGAAAACCAGGCAAUCAUGUCACAAUCACAUUCACUAAGUAUGUUUAUUUAGACUGUUUUGAUAGUGCCAGGCUCCCACAGUGAAUACUACACCACAAUGGUCUACCUUUAUACAUGAAAUACUUUCCAUGUCAAUAUGAAAUUCUGAUGUGUAUAAGCACUUUGCAAAUCAAAAGUUUAUCUUAAUUAAUUUGGAUUUUCAGAGUACAUAAAGGAAUUUCAAGUUGUUAUAUCAUACUGCAAAGAUUUAAUAUACAGCUGGUACAUGGUCCAAAAUUCAAAUUGUUUUUUAAUGUGUGAAACAAGUUUAAAUACAAAGAAAGGACUUUAACUUUUAAGCCCCCCUUAAAGCUUCACCACCUGCUAUAUAUGGCAUGGUGUGCUAAUAGUUUCUACAAUUAUUUAUCAUAUGCAUUUGGAUGUGCAAGUUUAAGAGAUGUGACUAAUAUUUAUUUAAAGAUAAUAUUCUAUUGUCAAUACUAUUCCAAAUAAAGCGACCAUGCUAUUUGAGAAAAAAAGCACCAAACAUAUGGCAAGUGUAAUAAAAUAUCUCAUGUACAAAUGUUUCCUACAUGUUUCACUGCCCCAAGGAUUCAUUUUCAAAAUGGGCUGCACCGCUCCCCAACGGGACAUGGAGGCAGAGAACUGAAACAGAAUCAUGCAUGAAGGCAGGAAGGCUGAACGAAAAUGGAAAAAAGACAAGUUACAAGUCUCUUUCCUGCUGCUGAGAGAGAGCCCAUCUAGAUAUCAAGUCAUCGUAAAAGCCGAAAAAUCUAAGUUUUUCGCAAGCAUUAUUGAGAACAACUCUAAUAACCCCCGAACUCUUUUCUCAGUUAUUGAAUCGGUCUUGAAUACCUCCCCCGCUUUCCAUAUAGAUAGCUCCAUUGAAACUUGCGAUAGAUUCUUGCAGUUUUUUAUUAAUAAGAUAGAAAGGCUUCGAUCUACAUCUACCCUAUCUCUGUAUAAUGUCUCAUUAACAUAUACCCCCUCAACUGCUUUUGACCAGUUUAAGGCUGUAUGUCUUAACCAGGUAGAAGAGCUUUGCAAUAGCAUAAAGACCUCAUCCUGCCCCUCAGAUGGAGUCCCAACCCAUUUUUUAAAAAAGAUUAUUAAGGUAGUCGGUCCUGACAUUUUAACUAUUUUAAUAGCAGUCUCAGCACUGGAGUAGUACCAACUGGAUACAAGCACGCUGUAGUGCAGCCAGUACUCAAAAAAACGAAUCUUGAUUCUUCUGUUCUUGCUAAUUUUAGACCUGUUUCCAAGCUACCGUUUCUGUCAAAAAUUUUGGAAAGGAUUGUAUUUGAGCAGCUCCAAUCCUUUCUAAACAGUCAUAAUAUUUUUGAGAAGUUCCAGUUGGGCUUCAAAACCCACCACAGCACAGAAACUGCCCUCUUAAAAAUACUUAAUGAUAUUUUAUUAAUCACUGACUCAGGAGACCCAGCUGUGCUCCUGCUCCUAGACUUAACUGCAGCCUUUGACCACAGCAUUCUGAUCUCCCGUUUGGAGCAAUGUGGUAUCAAAGGUAUCCCCUUGGAAUGGUUUAGGUCGUACCUCUCUGAGAGGACGUUUUCCGUGAGCCUUGAUGAUUUUAUUUCUUCUCCAGCUCCUUUUGCUUGUGGUGUCCCACAGGGUUCCGUAUUAGGCCCAAUUCUUUUUUCAAUCUAUAUGUUGCCCCUAGGCCUAAUCUUUAGGAAGCAUAACAUCUGCUUUCACUCAUAUGCCGAUGACACCCAGAUUUAUCUUCGGUUUAAUAGAAACACCUCCGCGCCCAUGGAAUCGUUAGUCAAAUGUCUCGAUGAAGUUAAAACCUGGAUGGCCUCAAAUUUUCUUACCUUCAACAAGGAUAAAACGGAGGUAAUUAUUCUUGGACCAAGCUGUAAUUUCAAUGCCCCAGAUUUGGACUUAUGUAACCUAACAUGUGCUGUUAAAACGCAUGUAAAAAACCUGGGGGUUUUCUUGGAUAGCAAACUUACAUUUGAGAAACAAAUUAAUUCAGUUGUCCAGCGGUCCUUUUUUAAAUUAAGGCUCCUAUCCAAAGUGAGAUCUUUUCUAUCCUUUAGAAACUUGGAACGAGCAAUUCAUGCGUUUUUUUUAUCUCAACUGGAUUACUACAAUUCACUUUAUGUGGGUGUCAGUCAGUCCAGCUUGGCCCAGCUCCAACUUGUACAGAAUGCUGCAGCUCACCUUUUGACUCGUGUGAAGAAACACCAACAUAUUACUCCGGUGCUUGCUUCCCUUCAUUGGCUUCCAGUGCGUUUUAGAAUUAAAUUCAAAAUCUUACUUUUAACUUAUAAAGUGCUAAAUGGCCAGGCACCGGACUAUUUGUCUGACCUUGUGCAGCUGUAUACAACCUCUAGAGCCCUUCGAUCAAGUGACCACCUACUCCUUACUUUACAUAAGUCUAGGAUGGUUCAUAGAGGAGAUCGGGCAUUUGCGGUUGUGGCACCGAAAAUGUGGAAUGAUCUACCUCUCCACAUUAGAAAGGCCCCAACUGUUACUCUUUUUAAAUCGCAUCUUAAAACAUAUUUUUUUACUCUGGCUUUCAAAACUGUAGGAGAGUUACCAAUUCUUUUAUCCUAAUUUUCUUUUAACUUUUAUCUGUUGUUGUUGUUAAUGUCACUGUUUAAUUGUUAUGUUGUACAGCACUUUGGUCAACUCCCUGUUGUUAUUAAAUGUGCUUUAUAAAUGAAUAAAUGAAAUGAAAUGCAUGUGGAUACCUUGUAAAUUUACUCCAACAUCAUGGUUUCACAUUAUAAAGUUACAGUUUAGUAACUUUAUAAUGUUACAAUUUACACAUGUCUGGAAUCAUACAUCAGUCCAAUCCAAGCCCUCAGAAAUUGUGAUUCUGAAAUGGGAUCAGAUAUGUGAUUUUGGCUAACCUACUAUCCAGUCAUAUCUGGUCCUCUUUGCUCUCUAACCUGUCUGUGAAUAAUAAUAUAACAUUUUUCAGGUUCCAGUGUGAUCAUGGGGUCCUGGUCUGUACAUCCACUGGUACAAAGUGCAAGCUUGAGCUACCAAUAGUAAUUUAGGUAUUACAAGGUGGAGCUGUAGCCGGCAACUUACUCGCCAAGAUACGUAACUUUUUGUAUAUGCCCCCAAAGCAUUAUGGGCUCUGUAGUUCAGAAAAGAUACCUUCUCUAACUUAUACACAUUAGCAUGAACUAGUAUGCUAUUGUUACUCAUUAGUCCCUCAAAUCAUGAAAAGUAUUGAUUUGUUUGCAUUACUGUGGUCAGGUGAGAUGAGACAAAAUACAAGGUGAGAUACACAAAAUCAGAACUUUGCUCUUUUACUUGUUUGUUUUUACUCAGCUGUGGGGGGGGUGAGUACACGAGGGGGCACGGCUAACAUAGCCCAUAACAGUUCAAUGCACUGUCUCCUAUUCAAGAGGUGAGAGGGGGCUGUUUUGAUGGUUCAUACUUAGGAGACAUUGUUACCGACACGUGGAGAGACAGGCUGGCGAGAUGCAGAAAGCAGCGACUGUGGUUACUCUGCUGGUCCUGGGAUGGACCUGGAACCUUGAGGGGCUCCCUGUACUCACAGACCCGCUUUACCCCACACAGGAAAACUUUGAUUUAACCCAG